AUGUUGUGGAUUCUCUGCCUUCUCGUCGCCGCGCUUACUCGUGGCGACGCGGCCAAGGUGCUGACCCUGACACCGGCCGUUCUGACCGUUCCUGUAGGACAAAAGGUGGUUCUCAAUUGCAACAUUACGAGGGAUGAUAUUAACCAAAGUGUCACCUUUUAUAGACAGUUUCCUGGAGAUGCUCCUCAGUACAUUCUGAAUGAUUACCAUUCAUGGUCCAAAUUUUACAUUAAUACCGAAGAUUUCCCCUUGGGUAAAUUCGGUGUGGGAGGGUCCUCUGAUGUGGAUUACCAAUUCAUCAUUAAACAGGCAAAGGCAGAAGAUUCUGCUGAGUAUUAUUGUAGCACGUGGGAUACCUCUAGGACUGGGGUGAUGUUGUUUGGCGGAGGUACCAAGCUGCUUGUGACAAGCCCUGACGCGACUCCCCCCAUGGUGACUGUCUUCCCCCCGUCCAAUGACGAGCUCCAGUCCAAAGAGGCCACGCUCGUCUGCGUGGCCACUCUGUCCACCCCGAAUGCUACAGUCACCUGGCAAGCUAGCGGCUCUCUGGCGACGGGCACCAUCGCCACUGGUCCUGCCACACGAGAAGCGACUGGCAACUACAAAAUCAGCAGCUAUCUCACCGUUCAGACGUCUGAAUGGAGCUCGGACAUCCCUUACACUUGUAAGGUGUCUUCGGGCUUACAGUCUGCUCAAAACACCAUCAAAAAGUCCAAGUGUGCAACUUAGCAA